AUGUACCGGCAGGUCGCGACCGCUCUCUCCUUCACCAGCCUCGUGCUCGGCCAGCAAGCGGGAACCCUCACCGAGGAGAUCCACCCCUCGCUUCCCAUCGAGGUGUGCACAGCUCCCGGCUCGUGCACUAAGGAGGACACCACCGUGGUCCUGGACGCCAACUGGCGCUGGACACACGUCACCGACGGCUACACCAACUGCUACACGGGCAACGCCUGGAACGAGACGGCCUGCCCCGACGGCGUGACGUGCGCGGCCAACUGCGCCAUCGACGGCGCCGACUACGAGGGCACGUACGGUAUCACGACGCCGUCCGAUGGCGCACUCAAGCUCAACUUUGUCACCAAGAACCAGAACGGCCAGAACGUCGGCUCGCGCGUCUACCUGAUGAAGGGUGACGACAAGUACCGCCUCUUCAACCUGCUCAACAAGGAGUUCACCUUUGACGUUGACGUGUCCAACCUGCCCUGCGGCCUGAACGGCGCUGUCUAUUUCAGCGAGAUGGACGAGGACGGCGGCAUGUCCCGCUUCGAGGGCAACAAGGCCGGCGCCAAGUACGGCACCGGCUACUGCGACAGCCAGUGCCCGCAGGACAUCAAGUUUAUCAACGGCGAGGCCAACACCGAGGGCUGGGGCGGCACUGACGGAAACUCCGGCACCGGCAAGUACGGCACCUGCUGCGCCGAGAUGGACAUCUGGGAGGCCAACUCAGACGCCACCGCCUACACUCCGCACCCGUGCAAGGUUAACGAGCAGACCCGGUGCGAGAGUGAGGAGGAGUGCGGUGCGGGAGACAACCGGUACGCCGGCCUGUGCGACAAGGAUGGCUGCGACUUCAACAGCUUCCGCCUGGGAAACAAGGAGUUCUACGGCCCAGGCAUGACGGUCGACACGAGCAAGCCCUUCACGGUGGUAACGCAGUUCAUCACUGACGACAACACCGACACGGGCGCCCUCAAGGAGAUCCGCCGCUUCUACGUGCAGGACGGCACCGUGAUCCCCAACUCGCAGACCGUCAUCGAAGGCGUCGACCCCACCAACUCCAUCACGGACGAGUUUUGCGAGCAGCAGAAGACGGCCUUUGGCGACACCAACUACUUCAAGACGGUCGGUGGCCUGUCCGCCAUGGGCAAGUCGCUCGAGAAGAUGGUGCUCGUCCUCAGCGUUUGGGAUGAUCAUGCCGCCGCCAUGAACUGGCUGGACAGCAACUACCCCACCGAUGGCGACCCGUCCAAGCCCGGUGUUGCCCGUGGCCGUUGCGACGCCGAGGCCGGGCUGCCCGAGAAUGUCGAGGCCGAGCACCCCGACGCCUCGGUCACUUACUCCAACAUCAAGAUCGGCGCCAUCAACUCGACCUUCACCGCCGCUUAG